AUGUAUCGCUCCACCAAGGGCGCCUCCAAGGCGCGCCGCGACCAGAUCAACGCUGAGAUCCGGAACCUCAAGGAGCUGCUGCCGCUGGCUGAAGCGGACAAGGUCCGGCUGUCCUACCUGCACAUUAUGAGUCUUGCCUGCAUCUACACUCGCAAGGGCGUCUUCUUCGCUGGAGGCACUCCUCUGGCGGGCCCCACAGGGCUUCUCUCAGCUCAAGAGCUUGAAGACAUAGUGGCAGCACUACCUGGAUUCCUGCUUGUGUUCACGGCGGAGGGGAAGCUGCUAUAUCUCUCUGAGAGUGUGAGCGAGCAUCUGGGCCACUCCAUGGUGGACCUGGUUGCCCAGGGUGACAGUAUCUACGACAUCAUUGACCCAGCUGACCACCUAACUGUGCGCCAGCAACUCACCCUGCCCUCUGCUCUGGAUAAUGAUCGCCUCUUCCGCUGUCGCUUCAACACCUCCAAGUCCCUCAGGCGCCAGAGUGCAGGCAACAAACUGGUGCUUAUUCGAGGCCGAUUCCAUGCUCACCCACCUGGGGCCUACUGGGCAGGAAAUCCUGUGUUCACAGCUUUCUGUGCUCCACUGGAGACAAGACCCCGUCCUGGCCCUGGCCCUGGUCCUGGCCCUGGCCCUGCCUCACUUUUCUUGGCCAUGUUCCAGAGCCAUCACGCUAAGGACCUGGCCCUUCUGGACAUCUCAGAGAGUGUCCUAAUCUACCUGGGCUUUGAGCGCAGUGAACUGCUCUGUAAAUCAUGGUAUGGACUGCUGCACCCUGAGGACCUGGGCCACGCUUCUGCUCAACACUACCGCCUGUUGGCUGAGAGUGGAGAUAUUCAAGCAGAGAUGGUGGUGAGACUGCUGGCCAAGCCUGGAGGCUGGGCAUGGAUUUAUUGCCUUUUAUAUUCAGAAGGUCCGGAGGGUCCCAUUACUGCCAAUAACUACCCAAUCAGUGAUACAGAAGCCUGGAGCCUCCGCCAGCAGUUAAACUCUGAAGAAACCCAGGCAGCCUAUGUCCUGGGCACCCCGACCAUGCUGCCCUCAUUCCCGGAGAACAUCCUCUCCCAGGAACAAUGCUCUGGCCCUAAUCCACUCUUCACCAUGGGGCCUCCCCGAAGCACCAAUUUCCCCAGUGCUCCUGAGCUGGGUGCUGUCUCAACACCAGAAGAGCUUCCCCGACCCCCCAAAGAGCUUGGCUUCAGUUACCUGACAUUCCCAUCUGGCCCUGAGCCUUCUCUUCAAGCAGACCUGAGCAAGGAUCUUGUAUGCACCCCACCCUACACGCCCCACCAGCCGGGAGGCUGUGCCUUCCUCUUCAGCCUCCAUGAGCCCUUCCAGACCCACUUGCCCACUCCAUCCAGCUCUCUCCAAGAACAGCUGACUCCAAGUACUGUGACCUUCUCUGAUCAAUUGACGCCCAGCAGUGCAACUUUCCCAGAUCCGCUGACUAGCCCACUACAAGGCCAACUGACUGAAACCUCAGCCAGAAGCUAUGAAGAUCCUUGCACCUCCACUUUCCCAGAUCAGCUGCUUCCCAGCACUGCCACCUUCCCAGAGCCUCUGAACAGCCCUGCCCGUGAGCAGGUGAAUUCUCCAAGCACAGCAUUCCAAGCACACCUGAACAGCCCCAGCCAAACUUUCCCAGAGCAACUGAGCCCCAAUCCCACCAAGACUUACUUCGCCCAGGAGGGAUGCAGUUUUCUCUAUGAGAAGUUGCCCCCAAGUCCUAGCAGCCCUGGUAAUGGGGACUGCACACUCCUGGCCCUAGCCCAGCUCCGGGGCCCCCUCUCUGUGGAUGUCCCCCUGGUGCCCGAAGGCCUGCUUACACCUGAGGCCUCUCCAGUCAAGCAGAGUUUCUUCCACUAUUCUGAGAAGGAGCAGAAUGAGAUAGACCGUCUCAUCCAGCAGAUCAGCCAGUUGGCUCAGGGCAUGGACAGGCCCUUCUCAGCUGAGGCUGGCACGGGUGGGCUAGAGCCACUUGGGGGGCUGGAGCCCCUGGACGCUAACCUUUCCCUGGCAGGAGCUGGCCCCCCUGUGCUCAGCCUGGACCUGAAACCCUGGAAAUGCCAGGAUCUGGAUUUCCUGGCUGACCCUGAUAUAUUCCUGGAAGAGACGCCCGUGGAAGACAUCUUCAUGGAUCUCUCUACCCCAGACCCCAAUGGGGAAUGGAGUUCAGAGGAUCCUGAGGCAGCAGUCCCAGGAGGGGCCCCAUCACCUUGCAACAACCUGUCCCCAGAAGAUAGCAGCUUCCUGGAGGACCUGGCCACAUACGAAACCGCCUUUGAGACAGGUGUCUCAGCAUUCCCCUACGAUGGGUUUACUGAUGAGUUGCAUCAACUCCAGAGCCAAGUUCAAGACAGCUUCCAUGAAGAUGGAAGUGGAGGGGAACCAACGUUUUGAAUAAGUCUGUGACUUAACGUCGUCAAGUAUGGCAUAUUGUCAUCAAGACAUGGAGCCGCUCUCCACCCCCCCGGGAUUGUUGGGGGGGUUCUGGGGGCCAGAGGGGGAUA